UGGUGCGUUCUUGUGAUAAAGUGCAUUUUCGAAAGAUUCAAAAUCCAAACAACUCAAGGCGUGAUUCAAGUGAAUUUGAUUCUUGCGCGCCUACUUAAUUGUGAAAUUUGAAUAUUCGUAUAAUUGCGUUGGCGUCGUCCGUUUCCGCGCGAACCCGACGCGUUGCUAGGUUCCAACCGGACGGUAGUAGCUGCUGCAGCAGUGCCCCUCGUUUGAUAACGCGCUACGGCGACAGCCGCCUGGUGGCGACCACAACAUGAAUCAGUUGUUGUGCAUUGGUGACCCGAGUCAGAACGUCAUGGCCGAAAGCAAGGGAUCCCUGAUCGCCAAGUCCGUAUCCAAACAUGCAGGAAGGGCCAAAGAAAAAUUUUUACAGAAUCUGGGCAAAGUAGACCGGACCGAAGAUGAAAUAUUCAACGAGCAUCUACAGAAUUUUUCCAAACAACAAAAUUCGGCAAAUAAAUUGCAAAAAGAAUUUACCAAUUACAUACGAUGCGUCCGAGCCGUCCAAGUAGCCAGUAAAAGUCUUAUGGACACGCUGAACGAAAUGUACGAGAGCCAGUGGGUCGGCCACGAUCACAUGUGCACUCAUUCCAAUAACUUGGACAUGUUGUGGAGCGAUUACAGCCACAAAUUGGCGGAUCAAGUGCUCAUUCCACUGAACACGUACCAAGCUCAAUUUGCCGAAACACGAAAAAAAAUCGACAAGCGCAACAGGAAACUGGUAGAUUACGAUAGCCAAAGACACAGCAAUCAGUUGGCUAGUACAAACAAUGGUGUCGGCAAAAAGAAAGACGAAGCGAAAAUGAUGAAAGCCAAAGAACAAUUUGAUGAGGUAAAGCGGAAGUUCGACCUUAUCAACAGCGAAUUGCACGAUGAACUACCAGCUCUUUACAACUCUAGAGUGUUAUUCUUGAUAACCAACUUACAGCCAUAUUUUGCUGCCGAACAACUAUUCCACAACGAGUCAUCAAAAGUAUUUGCAGAAAUGGAAUCAAUUGUUGACAAACUAGCCAAUGAUUAUCAACACCAAUCAAAAAUGUUAAACUACUUUGUCCGAAACAACAAGACAGUGAACAAUGUUGUCAAUAAUGUACAAUCAGCGUUGCAGUCACCGGUGUCUCCAAUUUCCAUAAACGAAGAUGACACUACCAAAUCCCCGAGCUUAUCACCUUCCCCUCCAGCAACCGCUGUAAGUAAAACGCCCGAAAUCAAUAAUGAUGUGCCACCAAAACAAGUGGUCGAAGAAGAGAAAUUGGUUAACGGUAACAGUCCUCAAACCAAUGGCGUGGCGCCAGCUAGACACGAAAAUGGCAGUAACAAGAAUCUAGCCGCCGAAAUCGAAAUUCCUCCAGGAGCCACAACUGAUAAUUUACCAGCAGGAGUUUUGUACAGAGUGGUGGCAACAUAUAAAUAUGACGCAGAAGACACAGAUGAGUUAUCAUUUGAAAAGGGAGAAAUUAUCAGUGUAGUGUCUUACGACGAUCCGGAGACUCAAGAGGAAGGUUGGUUAAUCGGAAUUAAAGAAAGCACCGGGGAAAAGAAAAUGUUCCCGGCCAAUUUUACCAGGCCGUUGUGAGUGCCACGGCGUCGUAAGCACAAGUGGAUUGCAACAAAACCGAACAUUAUGAUGAAGCUCAGUUUCUGGUUUAUAGUGUUUUCAUUUUAUUUCUUCAUGUCUAUGUUUGUGUAUUCAAACGAAAAAUAAUGCCGGUAUUUGUUUAAUUGUCCAAUAAAGUGUGGGAAACGACAAGUUAUAUGGCAUUUAAAUAUCAUUUAUGUUUUUUUUUUUUUUUUUUUUUUUUUAUUGAAUUACACCAAUGCUAUAUGUUACAAAUAUUAUAUAUAUACAUAUAUGUAUAAUAUUUAAAAUAUGGCUUCCCUAAUUUGUAUAUCGAUUAUACAAUAUACCAUAGUAGUAUAGUAUUAAAGUUGAUGAUGAUAAGUAUUGAUUUGACUGAAUGAGAAAUCAUUACGAAUUUAUUAGAUUUUUUUUUUAUUUAUAAUUAUUUAUACUUAGUUCAGCUUGUUUAUUAAUCUAUGAAAAUCAUUGAGUAAUCAAUAUAAUACAAGUGCCUUUGCAAAUACUUUUUUUUUUAUAUAAAACCAAAAAAAUACAAAAAUUUAAUAUUAUGUGUAUUUUUUUUUUAGUUAAACUAAUAUGUAAUUAAUAAUUGGCAACUUGACCAAAGCAAUUCACUUCAACUCUUAAAAUUAAAUGUGUCAUUUUUUUCAUACCAUAAACAUUUUGCAUUUCAUGCUCCUAUUCUAUGUCUACUACUUUUUUUUCAUGUGUUGUUAUUUUGUUUGUUGUAUUUGCGUGUUAAAUGUGUUUUUUUCUAUGUUUUAGUGAGCGAUUUGUAAAGUAAUUUUGAGCAUUUAAGUCCACAAUUUUAUUAUUUACCCCGUCCUCAUGCCCUCUCUGAUAUAGUCAAUAAUAUAUUGUAUAUAAGUUUAGUUUAGACCAUAAUUUAUUUUGCUAAGUAUGAAAAUAAUAUUGUAUGUAUUUUAAUUAACUUCAGUAGAUAUCAAAUUAAUAUUAUAUACUAUAUUUUAUUAUAUAAAAACUUAAUAUUA